GCAGUGAUCUGGGAUGGUACCUGCCAUAGCCCAUAGAUAGCUUCGCUUUGUUUUGACUUAUACUAGGUGUUCGAAAUCAAAUAAGUGGAAAAUGGAAAUUAGUGCUACGAUGCAUGUUGCCUGCCUGGAGAGUUCUAUUUCUGAAACCUUAUUAGUGUCGUAAAGAUUCGCAGCGAAUCACAACACCCUGUAUAUUUACCAACAUGGAUAUUGAGAUGGGAUCAAUAGAUUUGCUUGAUGAUGAGUUAUUGUGCACGAUUUGCUAUGCCGAAUUCCUCGAUAAGGAAGACUUGGACAUCCAUGUGAACCAAUUACACCUGACUGAAGCCCGCAAGAAUCGGUUUUGUAGUAUAUGCACAGUAAUUUUUCCCGAUAUCAAUGAAUACGCUUUGCACCUAAGAAACCAUCACAUCCUUAGCUUAAAAUGCUGUAAGUACUGUUUUAGGUUGUUUAAAACAGCCAUAGAACUGCAAGAGCACGAAAAUAAACAUAACUCAACGGUUUUGUACCCGAAAAUAUCAUGUUCGCAUUGCAAAUUCAUUUUUGAUACGAAGAAAGACUUAAGGAAUCAUGAGUUAAAAGAGCAUGUGAAUUCUGAUGAUGGAUUCAUCUUAAAAAACUGUUUGCCCCUACUGUCUUUGGGACUGUGUAUGAACGCCAAUGAUUUUCUCGCUGCAGCAUACUGUAACCUGCCCUAUGUAUGCGGGGUGUGUAAUUUAACAACAAUGGACAUAAAUAUAUAUUUACAGCACUUGUUUGAUAAUAAAUGUCAAGGUAGGGUAUGCAAUGAAUGCAGUAAUGUAUAUAAAAAUAAAUCUGUACUUAUAGGUCAUAUGCAGGAACAUUUUUAUAAAGACAGUUUAAAGCAAUUGGAAGUGUCCAAGCAGUGUCCAAAAUGCAAGCAGCCCUUUAAUACCAAUUCACUUAAGUCACACUUAAAAAACUGUGCAGGAUUGACUUGUGUGCUUUGUGACUUACCUUUUAGUUCAGUAAAUGAUUUCACAACUCAUAGACUUGCUGAGCAUGGAUCCUGGACGCUGUCGUUAAAAGUCUGUAUUUAUUGCCGACGAACAAUGGCGGGUGCAAAAGCCAUGGAGAAACAUAUAGAAAGAGUUCAUAAAAAUGACAAACACUUAUAUAAAUAUCACUGUACGGACUGUAAUAGAUUGUUUAAGCAUCCUAAAUUGUUGUUUGCCCAUUUCUACUCUAAACAUAAGGAUUUGAAUCCAUACACUUGUAAGAUUUGUGAUCAAAAAUUUAGAUUACGAAAGAACUUCACAUUGCAUAUCAAAUUGACCCACAAAAGUGUAGGCUUUGUUGAAUUUGAUGAAAAUUUCCAAGUAUUUUUCACGGAUAAGAAAUCUGAUAAGCAAUCUAAUAACAGUCAUAAAGUACUUGAGAAGUCUGUGGAUGAAAAUAAUGAAGAAGAUGAAACAGAUUAUGAAAUCAACCAAAAAUGUGAAGACUCAGAUAGUUUAUGUGAAGAUAGAUGUAAAAUUGAAAUUGAAAAUUUAAAUAACAAGUGUAAUGAAUAUACAGCAGAAAAACCAAAAGAAGAAUCAUGUGUACUUUCAGUUGAGGUUAAGACAGAACAUUUGGAUGAUGAAAAAACAAAGAACAAACAAUUUAGAAUUGUAGAAGUUAAUGUUAAUGAGACAGAUAAUGUAGCGAAUGAUAAUUUUACCAAAGAAGAAACUGGUGAUUUUACAACUGAUUGUGAAGGAAUAGAAAAACCUAUAGAGAAUCCAGUAAAGAAACCAGUGCUAAAACGUAAAAGAAAGGCCUCUGUAAAAGCUAAAAUUCAAUAUGCAAAUGAUGAUGUAUCAUCUGAUGAUUCUGAUAUACCAUUAAAAUUAAUACGUGCAAAAACAUUGCAAAAGACUAAAAAGAGAAAGUUUAGUAGAAUGCCUUUAAAUAAGCCUUCCAAAACCAAAAAUUUCAUCUGCAAUACGUGCAACCGAAAUUGCUUUACAUUUCAGAAUUAUCACAGGCAUAUAGCAUUUCACAUUAAAAGGGGGACAAAAACCUGCAUCAAAUGUUACGCUAAAUUUGAUUCAAUAAAGAAACUUAAUGAACACAUAAAAAAAGAACAUUCCACAUCAAAACUAACCGAGACAUUAAAGAAAUUGUUAGAAAAACGUAAAACUACUGAUGCAAAUACAAAAGAAACAUUGGACGAAGAAGCUACUCUCUCAUCAGCUCAAAAAUUUCGUAAUACAAUCAAAAAGGUUAAGGUUGAAAGAAGUACAAGUAAAGUUACAAUGACACUUGUGGAUAAAGACAAAAUAUCUGUGAAAAAGUACUUAGAAAACUUUACACCGGAUAGUAAUGAAGUUAAAAUAAAUAUGCUGAAUAAUAUUCCUUCAGAUAAAACUAGUGUAAGAAGAUUAAGACAAUUGAUAAAACUAACUAAAUUCACUCCAGAACCAACCACCAAUAAAUCAGAAGUUGUGUCUUUAAAAAUGCCAGUAAAAUUUACUGAUGAUUUGAACGAAAAAUGUCAAGUGAGCAUUAAACUAGUAUCAGAUUAUGUCGCUCCAACUAUGAGAUUUGAUAAUCAAAUUGAGUGUUUAACAGGUGACAAUUACAUAAAUGCUUACGACAAUUGUGAUACAUAUGACAGCUUUGAAGCUGAAACUGGAGCCGAGAAUAAGGAAGUAAUUCCAGAGAUGGCUCAAGAAGUUAUGCUGGUUGGCACCGAAGAGCUUAAUAAUGUGCAUACUAUGGAUUUGCAGAACCUACCUGCAUGGCAUGAUGUGAGAAUUGCACAUCUAGCACCCGAGGCGCCGUACUUCAAGAUAACAAAUGUUAAUACUCUUGGACCCAAAACAGAGGAAGAUAUUGCACCUCCAGAUAAUAUAACUUUACCGAACGGUAAAAAGUUAGUCAGUGUCAAUCCAUUUGCUCAUUUACUUGACAAAAACAAGAUAGAUGAGCUCAAAAAAGGUAAGAAAAAGAAAUGCGGAUACAAACCUAAAUUAAAAAAUGUGGCUGAAGCAAUCACAAAGGCAAUGGAGAAACUAGAUAAAACACCUGUAAGAGACAAGAAGAGAUUUUAAAGAAGUUUUUAAUGUCGUGUAGUGCCAAAAUAUUGUAACUCAUUGCUGGCUUGAUGUGAGCAUUUUGUAAGCUAAGUCUAAAAUUUAAAGUGUACACUAACUUGUGUGUGGUUGAUAAAUAUAUUACUGCUUAAUAUGAGUGUGAAAAUAAACUUAACUUUAGACAUC